CUACUGAUAAAAGGAACACUUUUGGUUCAUUUUAGCCUUUGAGAAAUUCAAAAAACUGCAUUUUUUACGUUCAAGGGGUGAAAUCAACCCCUUCGACGGCUCCGAAGAAGAUGGCAUCUAUGUGGUCUCAUAGCUACUAAUGAAAGGAACACUUUUGGUUAAUUUUUAGCCUGUAACUUUUUUGCUGGCU